AUGUUCGCGUUACGUGAUGAUCCAUUUCAAUGGUAUCUGGACGAUGUUUCGAUAAUGGACAAAUCCGGACAUCAACUUUUAUCUAACGGUGGUUUCGAAACUGGAGAUACUACUGAUUGGAUAUAUUGCAAUCCUCGCAAUGCGACAUAUUCUGGUCAUGCUGAUUCAACUUGCGCGCAUACUGCCUCGUAUUGUUAUUUAGAUGGAUCAGUAGGUGCAAGUGAUUAUUUAAGCCAAACAUUCACAGUUGCACCAUACAAUAAUUAUGCGAUUAAGUUCUAUCUUUCUGCGGAAUCGAAUAGCUCAACUUUUGCUCAAGUUUAUGUCACUUCAUAA